AUGACAACAUCAAAAUCGGGUAGCCUCUCAGACACCUGGGAAAACAAGUGCUCGAUUCUAAUACCACUAAACGCCGCAACCUCAACAGCCAACCGACUAUUCAAUGGGAAGUACUGGGGCAAGUACUUCACCAUCGAAUCGCCGGCUACCAAAACUCGAGUUGUCGAGUACGAGUUUCAAAACGCUUGGAUCAAGACUUGCCCACCUUAUUGCGGCAACAGCAGAACCUAUGUUGCAGCACCGGCCGACAGCCUGACCAAGAUUGCCUCUAGCCUAAACAACGACAAGGAUAGCCCUGCAAGUGUUUCCUCGCCAACCAAGCUCUCCCCAAACACGGAAAUUACACGGUACACCAACCCAAUCGAACGUGAAUGGGGCCGCCAGGGACUCGGACCUCACCCCAACUUGCACGCUGCUCAACCUAGCGUGGGUUUCGGCAUCAUGGCCGUAUCUAAAAAGAAUCUGGACCAACCCGGAUCGGGGGACAAGUUUCAAGAAGUUGCCGCCUUUUUUCAGGUCGACACUGAAAUUGUGCUGCACACGGAGAUCGACACGAUUAAUCCCAUGAACACUUGCUACCCGGCACAGGAGCAACACUUUGAAAAGACCAACUAUGGCAUGUACGUGCCGUACAACCGGCAGACGCACCUGGGCUACUACACGUACCUUCCCAAGACAUCAUCUCACCUCGUUCCUUUUGAACCGUAA